UUGUAGUAAAUAAACAUUUAAGAAGGAGUGAUAUUGAAACACGCGUAUCUGUUUACUAAUUGCGCUUUUAGUUUGUCAAACAACAUGAUAGCAUAUCUGAUUUACAGCGUUUUCGCCGUUUGGGGGGCCAUGUCCCAGACAACGGGUACCUACUACACGUGUAGUUUCAUCAACAGUUUUGCCUCAUGUGACCUGUUUAUCACUGACGCUUACUGUGGAACCAACCUUGUCACCUACGCCAAUAAGUGUGAAUUCAGUAAAGCCCACUGCGCAAACCAAACAAUUGACCUACUCCACAUUGGGGCGUGCACGGACGCGGACAAGAACGAAAAUACCGGUGCAGAGGGCGGGACGGUGAUAUUUGACUUCUUCUGUACGUCAUUGAGUCAUAUGAACUGUCCCACUGACGUCAGCAAGGUGUGCGGGUCUGAUAACAGAACCUACAUCAAUAGCUGCGAGUACGAAAAGUCCAAAUGCACCCACCGCAGCCUCCAUGUCGUGUCGUACGGGGAUUGUUGAACCAUCGUUCCUAUCCGAUUGGCCGAUAAAUUAACACUGAAUAAAUCAAAAUUACUGCAAGUUUCUUCCAAUUUUAAAAUGAUCAAUUUUCUA